UUCUUAACAGGAAAUGAUGAGGAGAAAGUGACUCGCUUCUGAUGGUAAUAGUGGUAAUGGUAAUGAGGUUCUCGGGGUCAUAAGGCGAAUCAUUCAUAAGAACGAUUAAGCCGCCGUUGCUAACCAACUAGUUCUUUUCCGAUCUUCCAAAGGAACGAGUGAAUCGCAGUAAGAUCGUGACAUCGACAUGACUGGGAGCAAAGAAGAGAAUGGCAGCAACAAUAGCAAUGACAUCUCACAUAGCAACAGUAGCACUAAGAAGUUGCCGAAGAACUGGGCGAUAAUUCUCGUCUACACCUACAUUCACGUUUUAGGCAUUAUCGGAUUGUACCUCUUGUUCACCAAGGUGAAAUGGAUGACGCUAUUGUACUUUUUAUUCCAUGUUACGAUCUCCUACGUCACAAUUGGGGCUGUACACAGAUAUUACGCGCAUCAAGCAUUUAUUGUUAUUAGCGAGCUGAGAUUUUUCCUCGUCUUGGCACACACCAUAGCAGGCGUGGGUUCGAUAUACAAAUGGGUAUUCUGGCAUAGAAUACAUCACUAUUACCACAAUUCUGACAGAGAUCCGUACGAUCAUAGAAAGGGUUUCUUUUAUUCUCACGUGUUGAGCAACUUACAAUAUGCGCCACCUGAUCUGAAAUUGUACUCCAAGAACAUCGACAUGCGCGACGUGGACUCUGAUCGGUUCGUCUGGGUGCAACAAAAAUUUUAUCACAUACUCUUUUUCGUACUCGGAUUACUACUGCCGAUGUACGUGCCUGUGACAUAUUGGGAUGAAUCAUUUUGGUACACGUUUUUCGUAAUAGGCGCAACGCGCUUGAUGAUAACAACUCACAUAUCUUGGUUGGUGAACAGCGCCUUAUCCGUCUGGGGUUUGCAAAAAGAAGACAGAUACCCUGUCAACGAUAACUCCGUCUUCUUCUUGUCGAAAUCAUAUUGGGCAAAUUAUCAUUAUAUUAUUCCAUACGACUGGAAAAGUAACGAAUUUGGUCUUUACGAAAAUGGCUUCACCACGUUCAUAUUCAAGAUAUGGUACGAAAUGGGGCUGAUCGACGGAAUGAAAACCGUCAACACCGAGGACGUACGGGAAACUCUUGAGAAAAUCGCCAUAUCGAAGGUCUCGAUAAAGAACGCUUUCGACGAGUUGAAGGAGAAGUCAGAGAUAAACGCUUGUAAGCAGAGAUUAAUAUAUCGUCCCUAGACAAGCGAAGUUAUGAGAUAUCAACUUGAAAUACUUAAUCACGUCUAUUGCAUCUAAUUAUGUCUAAAUUCGUCUAACCAUGUCUAAAUAGCGAAUUUUAAUUAAAACGAUAGAAAAUCUUGAAAAUUUCAUAGAAUCACUUGUAUUUAUUUAAUUGACAAUAAAUUUGACAAUAAAUUAACGAGAUAAA